GUUCAUGUGGAGGGCGGUUGGCCUAAGGAAGUUGACUGCAGUGAAGCACAGGAUACCGCAAAGUGGAGGAAGAGGCUGGACAAAGACCCCCAGUUCGGCGCCGCGAUGAGAUCUCUAUGUGGGGAGGCGGAGCAUUGCAUUUCCCAGAACUGUGA